UAUGAAAUGCGCUUCCCAAGCUGUGACCUGAUACCCAUCAUGGCAGGCACUGACAUCAUCAAAGAUGAGGAGCUUGAAGGUGGUGCAAUUCAAGUCAUUUCCAGACGCUGUCGCCUUCAUGCUGAAGUGCCCUACUUGCUCAAAAAAAUCAUGGGGGUAGAAUUCCUGUUCUUUGUUCAGACAAACACUUUGAACCGACGUGAAAGAGUGCUGGAAAUUGAGGCCUACAAUGAGAGCUUUUCCUCAAGAGUUAUCAUCAAUGAAACCUGCAAAUACUCUGUUCAUCCUGAGAAUCCCGAGUGGACGUGUUUUGAGCAAACGGCCAAGUUGGAUGUAAAGAGUUUCUUUGGCUUUGAGAGCACAGUGGAGAAGCUUGCUAUGAAGCAGUAUUCACAGAAUAUCUCAAAGGGCAAAGAAAUCAUCCAGCACUUCCUGGACGUCCUGGAGAAGGAAGGCGUGACAUCAGUACCGCGUUGGCAGCCUCCUGAGGGAAGCGUCGCUGAUGGCGCAGGCACUCCUGAAGGUGAUGACGAGGAAGACGAGAGUGAUGAUGACUUCGUGGACGCUGAUGACGCUGCUAGUCAGGACACCGUGGAGGAACAAGGCAAGAGACUCGAGUCGUUGUCUGUGGAAACAAUUCCCGAGUGUGACACAGACGAAGCCGUCAAACACAACAAAGAAGGACGCGACAGUAUCAAGAAACAUCGUAAAGAUUCACUGGGUAGCACUCAUGGGUCCAGGAAGGAACGUAAGAAGAAGGAUUCGGUGGACAGUGAUGGAGGAUUCAAAGAUAAAAGAGAAGAAUCUGAUGACAAAACUAAAGGCGCCGUCAAGAAAGCCUCGUUUUCUCAUGAUGAAAGCCUCAGUAUUGACGACGGCCGAGACAAACUCGACUCGGACUACAUUGCCGCGUGUCUUGGCGACCUCACGCCCCUGCAGGAGUCCCGUCUUGUGCAACUCAAAAAAUGGGUCAGCAAGCUGCAGAAGGGCAAAGCACCAAGUGACGCGACAUUGCUGCGUUUCCUGCGAGCUCGCGACUUCCACCUCGAGAAGAGCCGCGAGAUGCUGAGCCAGUCGCUGCUGUGGCGCAAGAGGAACCAAGUCGACAAGAUCAUCAGCGACUACCAGCCGUCCUCAGUGCUGACGCAGUACUUCCCUGGCGGCUGGCACUACUCUGACAAGGAGGGCAGACCGCUCUUUCUGCUGCGCCUUGGACACAUGGAUGUCAAAGGUCUCGUCAAGAGUGUUGGGGAAGAAGGUCUGUUGCGUCACACGCUCGCUAUUUGUGAGGAAGGCUUGCGUCUCACUGAGGAAGCAACAGCGGAGUAUGGCCACCCCAUUACGACGUGGACGCUUCUCGUGGAUCUUGAGGGACUUAACAUGCGGCACUUGUGGAGACCAGGCAUUAAGACCCUCCUCACUAUUAUCGAGCUUGUCGAGAACAACUACCCUGAGACCAUGAGUCAGGUGCUCAUCGUACGAGCACCUCGCGUAUUCCCAAUCCUCUGGACCCUCGUGUCAACCUUCAUCGACGAACACACGCGGUCCAAGUUCCUAUUCUAUGGUGGCAAUGACUACCAGGAGGCAGGUGGCCUGGUUGACUACAUGUCUGAAGAUCACAUCCCUGAAUUCCUGAAUGGCAAAUGCGCGACCUCAGUCGGCGAAGGAGGUCUGGUUCCUAAGUGUCUCUACUUGCCCGGUGAAGAAAUAGAGGCUGGGGGUAGACAACACCUCCAGCUGUCAGACCACAGUAUUUAUCGGUCGGUGUCGCUUUCUCGAGCUCAAGUGCAUGAAGUCUUGCUGCUCAUCAAGGAACCCGGGGCCGUUAUCUGCUGGGACUUUGACAUCAUGAAGAGCGAUGUUACCUUCACUGUGAUGAGGACUAAGACUCCUGUAGCCAACAGGGCUGCAGCUAACGUCGAAACAAAUUCUGCUGCCGACGCUGCUGCCACCAAAAUUGCCAUGGCAUCAUCUGAGAGUGAGAAGACAUCUGUCAUUGAUAAGACCUGGAAAGAGGGAUGCGACUACUUCGUAGAAGAGCCUCAUCUCUUGUGUCGCGACGGCGAAAGCAUCCAAGGAUCUCACGUUACCCGCAGCUCGGGUACGUACAUCUUGCAGUGGAAAUAUCAAGAGGCUACAGGUCACGGCUCUCCUUUGGACAUCCUGGAUAACAUCACGGCUCCAAAGGCUCAGAUUAUGUACUACUUUGAGACCUUGAAGUCAGCUGACUAUAAAGGUAGCAUGUCGAGCCUUCAGUCUUGUCAGAGCGGGUUCUCUUCCCUCUCUUCCAACACAAACAAAAGCGUCUCCUCUUCUUGUCCAUCUCGAUGAAAUCAAUGAGAUGGACAACUGAUCAGCAGGAAAACGCUGCGCUGCUGCCCUGUGCAAUGUUAGCAAUAAAACUCGCUUAAAUAACGGAAGUACUCUUUAGAUAUCUCAUUUUGAGCCUCUGGCAACUUGCAGCUAGGUUCAUGCUUUGUUUUACUCAAAAUUAUAUUUAUUUUGUAUUAUUACAGCGUAACUGUCCUCUUGACUCGAUUGCUUGCCGCUCAGCUGUCGAUUUUUCGUUUUAUUUGAUGCAAUAUUUCCUGGAAUGAUGACACCAAUCAAGUAUCUAUGUCUCCUGUUCUAUAACUCAAUAAUUUUUGUGAUGGAAAUUUCCUCUCUUCUUAUCAUGGGUGUCAUAUAGCCGAAGCUUGAGUAAUGUUUAAUUAUUAUCGAAAUCAAUUUCAAGCUUCCAUCCAGUAAUGUCGGCUGUAUUUAUAAAAUAUUGACAGCAAUGUUAGUGUCUUCCAAUAAUGCAUAAAUUUCAUAGUGACUACCGGUCUGACCUUUUGCAUCAAUGGAAGAAGAUUUGUUGCAAUCAAAAACUCUUCAUUCGCUUAUUAUAUAAAUGAAUGAAAUUGAAUAAGGGACUUCAGCCGUUAUCCUGAAAUAUUUAAAUCAAAGCCGCUAGGAUUUUGAAAAUCUUGUGUACCUAUUCUACGGUAGUCAACGUUGAAAUCCUAACAAUACAUAGUUAUAAAAGCCAAGUUCAUUGAUAGCAUUAAGUAGUUAUAUAUAACUGUUAAGUUAAUGCUUAAAAUGAGGGAACAAAAUCCUACUGUUUUAGCUUAUCCUGAUGACAAGCUUGGUGACACAUGCUACGCCUUAAGGACCUUUGUGCUGAUCAGUAUUAGCAACAUGCUAGGGUUAUACCGUUGCUUGUGUCGUGUUUUUAGUUCAUCACUUCAUGUAGAUGAGAUUUGCGCUGUGACGCGUUGCAAUUGAGUUGCAUUUCUUUCUGCUGAAAGCCAAACAGUUUGCCAUUCUCUUUUGCUUUUAUUUCAUGGUUUCCUACUUAUACGAGUAGUUCAUUACGUUUAUUCGAAUGAUAUUAUUCUUCGGCUAUAUUGGAUGCAAGAUUUGACAAUUAACACAUUUUCUGUUGGCUUUACGGUUUAACCGAGUGCUUUUUUUAGUCUCGUUUAUUGAAUAACCAAUUAUGUUGCGGAAGCCGUCUGUCUGAUUCUUAUUUCUAUUUCAGAUCUCGAAAAUUUAGAAAACUGAAUGUGCUUAAGUUUAUUAGCUAACUACAUUAUUUUGCUUCAAAGUGCAUCCAAUUUUUUUUAGACAUACAUUACGAUGUUUCUAGCCCAUUUCCUUGCUGUUGUCGAUCAACUGAUUCAGGCCGAAUGAUGAGCUAUUAGUGUGUUCAAGUGGAUGAUGCUGUUAAACUUACGAUUUAACUGUGACCAAUUUAUUGAUAUAAAGAUGAUAUGUAUCCUCAAAUGUUUUAAGAUUAUAUGCGUUCAAGUCGAAGCUUCCUGAAACUAGAAGCAAGUAGGCACUCGCUUGGAAUAAAUUUCCUCUAUAAAUUGCAAUGACAAGACAUGCCUUCAGUGCUGUCGGCAGUAUUUUGUGCGCCCUAUUGAAGUUUCUCUCCUGCUUAUCAGUAUAUCUUAUUGUAUGCCAAGCCUUGUGUUAUGUUUUAUUCAGAAUUUUUUUUAGACUUGAAGGAUGUGUUCCUUUUGAAUAUUAUUUUAUGCCUUUGUAAUCAGGUAUAACAAGUUUCCAAAAUUAUUUAUGGUUUCCUAAUGACUCUUCAAUAAUGAUGUUUUCCUACCGUUCAUCGAACUCAAAACGGCUUUAAAAAUGAAGAUAUAUUUAGAACUUUACUAUAUGGUUGGCCGUCGCAGUCAUCGUUGUUCAUGUCGUGAAUUAUUAGACAGCUGGGAUCCGUUGCACCUCUGCCAUACAUAAUAUUUACCAUUUAUCUGCGUUCUUGAUUACUAUAUGGGUACUAAAGGACCGGUUGAAUGUUGUGAAGUGUUUUUGGGGUAUAAUGUGGGGUGACCGCGGGUUUUUCCCAUUCUCAUAGAAUCCCAGCAUUGCAGAAACUGAAAUUCAUACCGAGGAUUAUUGUCAGGAGCAAACCUAACCUCAAUUGUACCUUAAUGCUAAACAUCUCGAGUGAGAUCGUUUUUUAAUUUCAAUGAAGAUACGCGUUUUCCCGUGAGUAAUGACUCUUGGCUUUUUCUUCAACGAGAACACAAGAUAACCUCUAGCUUACUGGGGCGCCAUAAGAUCUCCUUUUGCGACAUUCUAGCUUCUCUAGUUUUCUGUUCAUUUUUCACGUAGCGUCUUACCCGUUUGUGGAUAUAGUUUCUACUUGUAGUUUCAUCCCUGGCAAGGAAAAAUAGCGGAAAUAUUUGGGCAUGGAAAGUGGUGUCUUCUGAUCUCGCUGUCCAGUGCUUGUCUCGCACUGUUUUUAAAUUUGUACGCGCGCCUCCCUCAGUAAAUGACGAUUCUGCUCCGACAUUGAAAAUGAUGACUUAUGAUAUUGAUAUUAUUCUGUAUACGGUAAAUUUAUUUGUCUAUGCAGUUAAACUUGCUAGAAUUAUACAACUUGCAUAUGUCAGUUGCUCGUUUAUUAUUAUUUUUUUGCUUAGUAAAAACAUGUAUAAGCCUCGUUGAAUUGCUGUCAAUCGUUUUUGCAUUGUUUGCAUUGUAACGUCAGCUGUAUUGCAUCGUAUGAAUUGCAUUAUUUGGCUUCGCUGAUAAAUUCGCUUUCUUGUCAACUUUCAUGGAAUAGAGGCGGUUUAUGAG